AUGGACAAGCUCAAGGCUCUCUUCAAGCGGAAGAAGGAUAAGGGCACCGCCGGUACAAAGACAGACACCAACGGCACUGCUGCCGCCGUCCCCAAGCCCACGCCGACAGACACCGCAGCCGCCCCAUCCACGAGCGACCCCGCCGCCCCUCCAGCUGGCGCUGCUCCAGUCGAGACACCUGCGGCUGACAAGCCCGCUGAGCCUGCUCCGGCCGAACCCGCGAAGUAA